CGCCCGCCCGUCCCGCCAUUGCCGGCAUGGAGGGCGAGAGCACCUCGGCCCUGCUCUCGGGCUUCGUGUUCGGCGCCCUCGCCUUCCAGCACCUCAGCACCGACUCGGACACGGAAGGUUUUCUCCUUGGAGAUGUGAAAGGUGAAGCCAAGAACAGCAUUACAGACUCACAAAUGGAUGAUGUUGAAGUUGUUUAUACAAUUGACAUACAGAAGCAUAUUCCAUGCUAUCAGUUGUUCAGCUUUUAUAAUUCUGCAGGAGAAGUGAAUGAACUUGCCCUGAAGAAAAUUCUGUCAGGCUGUAAGAAGAGUGUGAUAGGAUGGUACAAAUUCAGACGUAACACUGAGCAGACCAUGACACUCCGGGAAAGAAUUCUUCAUAAAAACCUGCAGUCACACCUGUCAAACCAGGGGCUUGUGUUCCUCCUUUUAACCUCUGGUGUGAUGACAGAAAGUUGUUCUACUUACAGACUGGAACAUGCUCUACAUCGGCCUCAGGAAGGUCUUUUCCAGAAAGUCCCUUUGGUGGUUACCAACUUGGGCAUGGCAGAACAGCAAGGUUACAGAACAGUGUCUGGUUCCUGCGUAUCCUCUGGUUUUGUGAGAGCUGUGAGACAACACAGGUCUGAAUUCUUCCUUGAAGAUGGGUCCCUACAAGAGGUUCAUAAGAUCAAUGAGAUGUAUGCAACCUUGCAGGAGGAACUGAAGAAAAUAUGCAUUACAGUAGAAGUCAGUGAACGAUCUGUAGAGAAACUCUUAGCAGAGGUGAGCCAAUUAAAAGAAGAAAUAAAGAGGAAAAAGCAACAAAGUUGUUCAGGAGAAGACAAAAACCACCCAGCAGAGCCAGAGGAGAAUGUUCUCCUUUGUCAGGCGCUGCAAACAUUUUUCCCCAAUUCUGGACUUCAGACAUGCAUUGUUUCCUUCAAAGGCCAACAGAUAUCCAAGAACUGCUGUAACACAGACCAUCAUAUUAAUGUCAUGGACAAACUGACUCUCAUGGUAGAGGAAAGAGACUUCACUGAGGCUGAAACAAGGCACCUAAACAAGCGUAAAUUCAGGGGGACCACAACAUUUUCAAAGUCAUUCAAGAAAUCCAGAUCAUUGCAGCUUCACCAAGAAUCACUUCAAGACCAAGAGGACAGUGACCAGGAAAGGAAGCUUACACUGAGUGGCACUGAAACAGAUGAGGAUAUGUUUGAAAAAAACAGAGAUGCAAAUGAAUAUUCACACUCCCCUACUUUCUGAUCUGAUGACUCCACCCCAAAAGCUGCUGCUGGUGUAUUCCAGUGAUGUAUGAAUUAUUGCACUGCACAGAUGUAUGUAACAGGGCAUUUUUGCAGGUUGGUGUUUUUCCCCCCAGUGCACGAAUCCUUAUAAAGAUAAGUCCAAGGUGACAUUCCCUCACUUUGCCUUCCAGAGUUCCAUCUGUCUUCUCUCUCUCAGGGUUCAAAGACUACAGGAUGCUAUCAGUCAGAUAAGCACGUCACAUACUGCCUCAAAGUGAUACAACUUCAAGCCAGCAAACAAAUAUAUGAACAUGAAAUACAGUUUUAUUAUUUAUUUCUGUA